AUGUAAGAUGGCGACUCAUCACAGGCAGAAUGCUGCUGGGCGGAGAAAAGUACAGGUCUCAUAUGUGAUCAGAGAUGAGGUGGAGAAAUACAAUCGUAAUGGAGUUAAUGCUCUACAGCUGGACCCAGCCCUUAACCGACUCUUCACAGCUGGGCGAGACUCCAUCAUCAGGAUAUGGACUGUCAGUCAGCACAAGCAGGACCCAUACAUAGCAUCAAUGGAACAUCACACAGACUGGGUCAACGACAUUGUCCUCUGCUGCAAUGGAAAAACAUUGAUAUCUGCUUCAUCAGACACUACAGUGAAAGUCUGGAAUGCACAUAAGGGAUUUUGUAUGUCGACAUUGAGAACACAUAAGGACUAUGUUAAAGCCUUAGCAUAUGCUAAAGACAAAGAGCUAGUAGCUUCAGCAGGGCUGGACAGACAGAUCUUCUUAUGGGAUGUGAACACACUGACAGCACUGACUGCCUCCAAUAAUACCGUUACUACAUCCUCUCUUAGUGGCAACAAAGAUUCAAUCUACAGCCUGGCUAUGAAUCAGAUGGGGACUGUAAUAGUGUCUGGGUCCACUGAGAAGGUUUUAAGAGUGUGGGACCCACGCACUUGUGCUAAGCUAAUGAAGCUGAAAGGACACACAGACAAUGUCAAAUCAUUGCUGCUCAACAGAGAUGGCACCCAGUGUCUCUCGGGAAGUUCAGAUGGGACUAUCCGCCUGUGGUCACUCGGCCAGCAGAGGUGCAUAGCCACGUACCGUGUUCACGAUGAGGGAGUAUGGGCACUGCAGGUGAAUGAAGCCUUCACGCAUGUUUACUCUGGAGGCCGGGACCGGAAGAUUUACUGCACAGACCUGCGCAAUCCUGAUAUACGUGUGCUUAUUUGUGAAGAGAAGGCCCCCGUCCUCAAGAUGGAGUUGGACAGGUCUGCGGACCCACCAUCAGCCAUUUGGGUCUCCACUACAAAGUCGACUGUGAACAAAUGGUCUUUAAAGGGCAUUCAUAAUUUCCGAGCAUCUGGGGAUUAUGACAAUGACUGCAGCACUCCUAUGACACCACUGUGCACACAACCUGAUCAGGUCAUUAAAGGUGGAGCUAGUAUAGUUCAGUGCAACAUUCUGAAUGACAAGAGACACAUUCUCACCAAAGACACCAACAACAAUAUAGCAUACUGGGAUGUGCUCAAGGCAUGUAAAAUAGAUGAUUUGGGUAAGAUGGAAUUUGAUGAGGAGAUCAAGAAACGCUUUAAGAUGGUUUAUGUGCCUAACUGGUUCUCGGUGGAUCUCAAAACAGGGAUGCUGACUAUUACACUUGAUGAGAGUGACUGCUUUGCUGCUUGGGUCUCAGCCAAAGAUGCUGGAUUCACCAGUCCCGAUGGAUCAGAUCCAAAGUUGAAUCUUGGUGGGUUGCUGCUACAAGCCCUGUUGGAGUAUUGGCCCAGAACUCACAGCAGCCCCAUGGAUGAGGAAACAGAGCUGAACCAUGUGAAUGGGGAACAUGACAGCAGGAUACAAAAAGGAAAUGGUUAUUUCCAAGUGCCGCCUCACACUCCUGUCAUCUUUGGCGAGGCAGGAGGAAGGACCCUCUUCAGGUUGUUAUGUCGAGACUCUGGAGGUGAGACUGAGUCUAUGCUGCUCAAUGAGACUGUUCCACAGUGGGUCAUUGACAUCACAGUAGAUAAAAACAUGCCCAAAUUCAACAAAAUCCCAUUCUAUCUCCAGCCCCACUCUUCGUCUGGUGCCAAGACAUUAAAGAAAGAUCGUCUAUCAGCCAGUGACAUGCUCCAGGUGAGGAAGGUGAUGGAACAUGUUUAUGAAAAAAUAAUUAACCUGGACAGCGAGUCCCAGACGGGCAGCUCAACAGGAGAGAAACCCAGUGAGCAGAAAGAAGAGGAGGACAUGGCUGUACUGGCAGAGGAGAAGAUUGAACUGCUCUGUCAAGACCAGGUUCUGGAUCCCAACAUGGAUCUUCGAACAGUAAAGCAUUUCAUUUGGAAGAGUGGUGGUGACCUAACGCUUCACUACAGACAGAAGUCUACGUGAGGGAUGGGGGGGGAAUUGUAGUCCUACAUACACCUGUCCAUAUUUUUAAUUGUGAGCAUGAUUAUGGACCUUCAAACUCAUGCACUGAAUGAUUUUCUGGGUAAUGUUUUAUGCUUUACACAAAAACAAUUGUACCAGAGGCUCCUGUGAACCCAUCAGGCCUUUGCAGGCCAUAAUUAUUUUCAUUGUAGAGCUCACAGGAUCAACCAGGUUUAAGAUGACAGUUUUUGUUUAUUUGUUUAUUUUGUUUGUGUGAGGUAGGGAGAUAGAGAGGAGAGCUGAAGAAAAUGACAUCUACAGUGAAUGGCGAGCUAAAUUAAAAACAACACAGAGUGGUGUGCAUUUCUUUUAAUCUUAUGCUUAUUAUUUAACAUGCCACCUGUUUCAUGUAUAAUUGAGUUUUAGUGACUUUGUGCUCAGUGUUUCUCUUGGUAUAUACCAUGUUGGACAAAACAUUUUUGUGAUGUAAGUGACAGUUCAUAUAUUUUUGCUCCACCCUUGUACAUUCCAAAGGUGUUUAUUGGCAGUGACCUUUUAAUCCUUCUUAUUGUAUGUAUGGACAAAGAGGUAAAUCAAAAUUAAUAAAUAGCAACCUGGAAUUGGUUUAAAGCUCAAGUAUUUCACUGUAUGUAAGGGAGUGCUGCUUUUACUAACUUCCACUUUUGGUUUGGAAGCAUACAGAUGCACUGAGGUUUUGGUGAAGCUUCUUAACUUUCCUAAAAAGUGAUGUAUUCUCACUACUGCUGUGCUGUAUUCAUUGAUGCCACCAUUUUGUACAUAAAUUGUAAUUAUUUUGUUGGUGGUUUUAAUUUAGUUGUUCCCUUGAUAAGAUGUUUUUAUUUUAUUUUUUAAGCAAUUAUCUUCAAAAAGGUGCU